AUGGAGGAAACAAAUGUAGCCGAAGAGGUUAUUCCGACCGCCACAGAAAAUGGAGAUAAUGAAAGUCCAGAAAAAAGCGAAUAUGAUGAAAACAAAUUAAUGUAUACAAAAAACGAAUUUUUGUAUGCAUAUGUCGAACUGAUAUUAUUAGAAAAAGGAUUAGGGGAAGAUCACGAUGUCCCUCUUUGUAGCAAUAAAUUUAAAUUCCCAGAACUUGUUAAUAGUAUGAACAAAAUGGAUAACGAAGAUAACAAUUUGGGAGGCGAUGAUGCAGAAGAUGAACAUAACAAUAAUAAUAAUAAAAAUAUCGAUUAUGAAGAUGAAAGUUGUAACAAUAAGUCUCAAAGGAAUUAUUCAGAAAAAGGUGGAGGAGCAGGAGGUGGUGGUGGCGGUGGUGGAAGUGGUGUUGCUUCUUCUUCUUUUAAUUUUCACAACAAUGAUCAUGACCGAGGAAGAAUUAGAAAUGAUUUUUUUAACAGAGAUAAUAAUAACAGCUUGAACAAAAACAAUUUGGAAGGAUCUAUCAAUUCAAAUAAUCCUCUAAAUAGUAUAAACAAGAGAAAUAGCAACUUUUUAAAGAACAACAAAUUCAAUAAAUUCUUCGAUGGUAAUAAUAGUAAUACUAGUAAGAGUCUUCAAAACAACAGCAAUAAUAAUAAUGUGUACGGAAAUGGAAAAAACCAAUUCGAUUCAGAUCUUGGGGUAAUAAACACAAGCGGAAAUACAAAUAGGAACAGUUUCUCCAGAAAAACAAAUUUCUAUGCUGAUGGAAAUACUACAUCAUUUAUGAAUGCAAACAAUAAUGCAAAUAUAGGAAUUGGAAAUAACAACAGUGGUAACAAGUCCCUUUGGAGAGAUUAUGAUAAAUCUAUUUCUUCUUGGAGAUCCUCGAAAGGAAACAAUAAAUUGAAUGAAAAUUUGAGGAAUGAUCAAAAUACAAGAGGUGCAAAGGGGAUUAAUAAAGGUUUUAUGGAUAAUAUGAAAAAUUUCAGCACUACCACACCUCGUGAUUCAGAUGUCGAAAAUGAAAGUAACAAUGAUAAUGUGAGGAAUGUAAACAGGAAUAUGAUGACGUAUCCCAAGGAAAGAGGAGGAGGAGGAGGAGAAGAUGGAGGAGGAAGUGCAGUGAACAUCAAGAGAGGAGACAAUUUUAGCGAUAAUUUCUUUGCUAAUAAAAAUAUGAACAACAUGAGCAGCAAUAUAGGACAUCCCAGCACCGGUAAUCGUACCAACAAUAUGAACAGAAGUAAUAAUGGUGCUUAUAACUACACCAUGAAUUUGAAUUCCAUGGGAACAGUUGGAGGACGACUAACGACAGACAAUAACGAUGCAGUAGGUGACACUUCUGGAAUGGUAGAUAAUAAUUCAAAAAAGACAAUGAAUAACAAUUCUAAUAUGUUAAAUAAUGCGAACAAUGCAAAUAAAAAUUUCAAUUUUACAACUCCUUCAUCUGCAUUCUUUGAUGUUAAGGGAGGAGGAAAUGUAAGUGGAACUAAGAAAGGAAGCAUUGAGCCCUACACAAAUAAUGGCAUAAGUGAAACUGUUGAAGGAACAACUUUUCAAAUGUCAAACAAGGGUUUUAAUAACGGUUCACUAAAUAUCAACGGUACUGGAACUAAUGCCAUUGCAUCGGAUGAUUGGAAAAUUAAGAAAUACAAAAAGUUCAGCAUUAGUGGCAAUAGUAGUGACAUCCACGGUGUCAAUAGCAAUAGUAAUAAUAGUGGCAGUAACAGUGGAAUUAACAAUGAUAAGCUACAGAAUUCUUACCGGAUGACAGAAGAAAAAUUCAAGAGAGGAGACAGUCGAAACGAUUAUGCACAUAUUUUCAUGAAUAAAAGUAAUGAAUCAAACAAUAUGAAUAUUUACAGCAUGAAUCAUUUGCACGAGAAAAAUAUAUACAAUAAAGGUGGAAAUAAUAACAAUAAUUUGUCUAUCGCAUCCGGAGGAGUACAGGCAAUUAUGAGUAAUAAUGUGAAAAGUAACCGAGGAAUAAACAGAAGAAAUACAGAUAUUAUUAAUAAUGAGUUGAAAGGUGGAAGAGAAAAGUACACUAUGGAAGAAAUGAAUAAAAAUGAAACAAAUGAAAAUUCUCAUAUGCAACUCAAUACUAUGGGGAAAAAAAUGGGAAAAAUAGGAGGAGCAGGAGGAGGAGGAGGGGGAAAUAAUUUUUUAUCAGGUUCAUUUGAAAUGGUGAGGAAUCAACCUGGACAUUUCACAAACAACAAUAAUGUAAAUACCAACAACAGCAGCAGUGGAAUGAAUAAUGCCAUUUUUAAUGGUACUAAUCGAAGUGUAAAGGUAAAUCAAAAUAGAGAGUCGAAAAAUGUAAUGAAAGAUGAUUGGAGUAAUAUAAGAAAGAAGCCCAACUUUGUUGAUAAUAAAAAAGCGACCGAUGAUUUUAUGUGGCAUAAAAUGAGUGAACAAUUUGAUAAAAAUAAUAAAAUGUCCUUUGAAUCAUUACAUAUAAAACUAGACCCGCGUAUUACAUCAUCCACUUUGGGUAAAAAUCGAAAUAAUGAGAAUAGCAAUAAUACCAUCAAAACUGUUAACAGUUACGAUGUUGAGAAUACUGCAGAAUUGAAGAAUGACAGAAAAGAUGAUUUGUCUGUUAAGGACGCUACCGAGAAUAGAAGUUAUAAUAGCAACACGAUUGGUAUUGGUAUUAAUGCCUUUCCCACACAAAAAGGGAAAAAAAUGAAUGAAAGUUCCUUUAAGAAUAUGAAUUUUAACAACGGCAAUUUAAAAUCAAAUGAACAGCAGAAGAUCAUGUCCAAGCUGCACCUCUCGGGAGAGAAUCAUAUGCAUGACGGAAAUUAUCAGGCAGAGAGAAAAAUCAAGGAUGAAAAUGGAAUUAAAAAUGAAAAAGGAAGGGUAGAAAGUGCUAGCAGUAAUAAGGUAAACUCAGAAAAAAGUAAAAAAAAGAAAAAAAAGAAAAACGAAAAGGAUAAAGAUAAGGAGAAGGAAAAGGAGAAGGAUUGCAAAACCCAUAGGGACAUUAAGGAAGCCGAGGGGAAAGAAGAUCAAAAAAAACAGAUGAAAUCAUCCGUGGAAAAUAUACAUAAAAAUCCUGUGGAAACAAGUAAUGAUAACAAUAUUUCUAAUACGCUUCAUGAAGGAAAUAAUGCUACACUUCAUGAAAGCAGCUCUUAUAAAUUUUACCUUAAUGAAAAAUUAUUCCUCCAUAAGAAUAACAUUAAUAGAAAUAAAAACCUUAACGAAAAAAAGGAAUUUAUUUUUAAUAAAUUAUAUGAUACUGAUAAAAUCAAUUUACAGGGAGAACAUAGGGGCAUCAUAGUUGGUCAAAAUUAUCACGAGAAUGAUGCGCGCAGAGACCCCAAUCAGUUUUAUCGUUUCGAUGGGAUAAAUGCAGUCCAAUCUCGCACAGGUCAAUUACGUUCAGGUCAUUCACAAGCAGAUCACACCUUUAAUAGUUUAUCAUCUCAAAGCAACAACCACUUGGGGAAAAUGGACAAGAGAAAUGUGUUUGAUAGCUACAAGAAUAUAAAACCCAAUCAUCAAUUCGUUCAUGGGGACAACCUAAACGAAAAGUAUUUCAUAUCUUCGCGAUAUACAAAGCAUGAUCCUUUUAGAAGCAGACGAAUUUCAGAGGAUAGGGAUAGCGUGCUUACCAACAUACCUCAGGAGAGUUUAUUACAAAAAAUCAAGAAUAAAAACGUGAAUGCUGACAAUACCAGCUCCAUUCAAAGCAGCGUCAAAAGCGACACCCCAAUUGGAAUAAAUAUUAAUAGCAGCAGUAACAACUAUGCCAUUGAUGGUGUAUUAUACCCCAAUCAGAAAUGCAGCAAGGAACACGACGAGAUUUUUCCCGUGAGUCAAGUGAAUAAACAUAUUAAUCCAAACCAACUCAUUAAUAAUCGGAGUGGGAAUUUGGGGAAUAGCCCUAAUUGUAUGAACGAAUCAGUGACCAAUAGUAACCUCGCGAACCUUUUCUCUUCCAUGAACGCAGAGGGAGGAGGUGUGAGCGUCAUGAGGCCUGUCUCAACCACGAGCAAGAAAAAUAAUCAAUACAGUCUGCCUAGUAAGAACAAUCAGAGCAAUAGCACCACGUUUGCAAACAUAAUGAAAGGCAGAUAUACAGCAAAUGUUGAGUCGUCGCAGAUGAACAACUUAAAACAUAUUCCUCAAUAUGACAAUAAUAGAUGUAAUGAUGCAUUGUUAAUGGAUAAAGAUCAACUAGCCAAUGAGGAAAAAAAAAAUUUUAUUUUUAAAAAAAUUAUGAAUAAAAUAAAAAUAGAUGAAAAUUUGUAUAACAAAGUAAGUGAAAAUGAAAAAGAGGAAUUAUUAAAACAGUUAUUUUUAAAUAAUCAAAAACUUGUAGAUUCUUGUGGAUACUACCUCCUACAUGAUGAGGAUGAUACUUCAGAUAUUCUGAGCAUGCAAAAGAAACAACAUUUAUAUGUUGGAACUCAUGCAAACAUUGAGGAAACGCAUUUGAAUUUACAAAGUAGCACCACCAGCAACAUUGGCUUUUUCAAGCAUGUAUACAACAACAGUGGUGUAAAUGUCAACAGUAGGAAGAGAAGCAAUAUCUCAACCCCCUUUGGAAAUAAUAAGAUGAAUGUAAAUCAUGAAAUUCCACCAUGUCAUAUCACUUCUGAUACAAAUGAUAAUUAUGAGGAUGAGAACAAAUAUAAUUCUAAUAUGCAAAAUAAAAUGAAUUGUAUCAGAAAGAAUGAUACAUGUUCUUCCUUUUCCCAGGAAAUAAAACAUAAUAAGGUGGUAGAAUAUCCCCAUCAUCCAUUUGAUGGUGGGAAUAGAAGGUUAUUACUACGUGAGGAGGAAAUCGAAAAAAAAGGUGUUCAAAAAUGCGAUCAUAUUGAUAUAAAUGUGGAUGACAAAACAGGGCCCAUUAUGGAUACCCAUCAAAAUAACCAGUCUGACGCUCUUAAGAACGAACAGAAUUCUAUUAUGAAGGUUAGUAGUUGGCUAAGAUUUUUUAGUACUGGAAAGAAAAAUGAUAAAACGGAUAGUUCAAAUGUAGUAGCCAAGGAGGAAAAUGUCAUUCAAACUAAAGAAGCUAAUCACAUGCAUGACGAAAAUAGUGAUAUAUGUACCAGUGCACCCAUGAGUAAGUAUAAAACUUCAUUGGAUAAAAUUGCAAUGCAUCUACGUAAGAAUGAUGCUGUGGGGGGGGUAGGUGCAAAUAUAGGUGCAGGUGCAGGUGCAGGUGCAGGUGCAGAUGCAGAUGCAGAUGCAGAUGCAGGUGCAGAUGCCAUAGGUGUAGCGUAUACCAACGUGGAUGAUAAACAGAAAAUGAUGACUAGCAGAAUUAACAGAAUCAGUGAUAUGGGGAACACAAACAAUGAUGUCCAAAUUGCCAACGGGUUCUGUUAUAACAACACAGAAGAUAUUGUAACCUGUAGUAACAUUGCCCGAACAAACUGUAAUAAUAACAGCAAUGUGAAUUACAUAGGAGAUUCAUCAAAUCAUCUCCAUGAUGAAGGAAAAAUGACAAGAAAAUAUUUAAGUAACAUACAGGAAGGGAAAAAAAGCCAAACACACGAAGGAAUGGACAAUAACAAAUCCUAUCCUCAUAAUGAAAAUAUUAGCAAUGGUUGUAGUACGAGUAGUAACAUUCCCCUUGGACAUAACCUCGUGGAUGAUCAUGCACGAAAAUUCCUAAAUGAGACAACUGAAGAUGUCCAUAAUAAUGUUGCUAAUAACAGCAGUAAUAAUAACACACAUACAACCAACAUGGAUUUGUCGAAAAAUCCAUAUAUACACAUCAUGAAUAGAAUAAAUAAAAUUAAAGGGGACGUAUGGCAGUAUAAAGACCCAGCAGGAAAUGUACAAGGCCCCUUUUCAUCUGAACUUAUGUUUUAUUGGUGGUCCUUAAACUAUUUCCCGUAUGAUUUGCCUAUCAGAUUUAACAAAAAUAUGCCUUGGGUUAACUUCAAUGAAAUUUUCCCACCUGGUAGUUUCCCAUUCGUUUUUCCACUGUCAAGUUUUUCCAAAAAUAAUUACAACAAUGUGAAAAAUGAAAACGAAUUUGUUCAUACACAGCAGAAUAUUAACGAUUUGUCAAACCAUCUCGAAGGAGUGAAAAACAGAAUAUCAUUGGAAAGUCAUCAUAUAGAAAAGAAUUCACUGGGUAUUAGUACGUCCCAAAUGACAAGUGGUAAAAAUAAUAGUGCUCAUAAUAAUAGUAUUGGUAGUGAUAAUCAAAUAAACAAUUCGAUGAUACACAAAGAGAACCUCGAACCUAAUCGUUACAAUCAGGAUGUAUCGAUAAAGAACGCAACUAUGACAGGAGGAAAUGUGUUGUAUAAUAACAAAGAAUGUGCAGAAAAUAUUGAAGAAAAAAAAAAAGGGGAAUUAAAAGCCCUUAUGUCUAUCAUAAGAGAAAAACGUGCACAGAAAGGGAGAAUUAACUCCUCUAGCAGUAAUAGUGAUAGCAACAAAGAAAUUAAUGAUUUGGAAAAGUAUCUUAUUUCAAAUGAUGAUUUUGAUGAAAACACAAAAUCUAUUUUACGAACCAUACAAUUGAAAGAAAUUAUUAAAAAUUCGAAAAUGUUCAAGGGAGAACAAAAUGUUUUUUCCACAUCAUCAUCAAGUGACAUAAAUGUGCAAAAAUGUAAUGCUAAUUACAAAGGUGUAGAAGAAGGAAAAGGCAUUUUAGAUAUCCCUUUUAAUAAUAGCAGUAGUAGUAACAUUCAUAUUAAAUAUCCACGUAUUACUACUGAUUUGCAAGAGAUGAAAUUUCCUAAAUCUGGUCUAGGUGGUGGUGUGGGGAGACAUUGUAUUCCUUAUGAAACAAUCGACAAUGAGAAUCCCUAUUCGAAAAAAGUUUUUGUUGUACAUGAUGAAGAACAAAAAAGUUUGCCAAAAAUUCCUAUGUACACGUAUAAUGGAAUAAAUGGAAGAAACAUUUUCCCACAUGGAACCACCAGUGAGCAAAUGGAUAAUAAGUAUUCUGAACCUAAUAAUCAGAAUUACAAAACUGGAAUGGUAGAAGAAUCCAUAAAUAAUUUGCUUGAUACGAAUAAUCUCAGUAAUAAUGGGAAGCAUAAUAAUGACGACAAGGAUAUGAAAAAAUUUAUGAACAGUCAGGUAAUUUCUUCUAAUGCACAGGUACAACAAAAAGGGGGGGGAGAGAACAAUCUUCUCAUUGAUAAAAUCAAUAUGCCCAGUAAGAAUAAUAACAACAUGACCAUGUCAGACGAUAUCAUAUCAAUUUCGAAGAGGUUAAAUACGAAUCAAAGUAUCGUGCAUGAUGAGGACAAGAAUGAGGAUCGAAGAAAAAAUGUUAAAGCGUCAACAAAAGCGCCAAAAGUGCCAAAACUAUCAGAUGAAGAAAAUCGAAAACAAGCAAAAGAAGUAAAUGCCAUUACGCAGGAACAGGAACAACAUAAUAGUGACGAUGAUGAUGAUGAAGGUUAUUCAACUGUGAAAAAAGACAAAAAGGGAAAAAAAUUAAAACGGGAAAGUGUAGAAAAAAAGGGAAUCAAGGUAAAUGAAAGUGGUCAAUUAAAGGAGAGGAACGAAAAGAAAGCAACAAACAAAUCGAACGAAGGUGGAAAAUCAAAGGAAAAAAAUUACCACUUGGCAGAGAAACAGAUAAAUGCGAAGAGUAAUUCUCCAAAUGAUACCAACACUGAAGUCCAAAUGAACGGAAUGAUGAACUCCUUGACGGGCCAUAAGGAGGAAACGAAAAAAAAAGGAAAGGAAUAUGAGAAUAGGGAUCAAUCUAAAAUUACUGCAGGCAUAAGGGAGAAAGAGAAGAAAAAUAACAUUAAAAAAAAGAAAAAAGAAAGUACGGAGACAAUCAAAAGUAAUGAUUUCUUAAUGGAGCAACCUUCGGAUGAUGAAAAACAGCAACAACACGAAAAGAAAACCAAGAAGGAGGUUAAGAAGGAUGACUCCCACCAUGCUGUGGAGGUACAGCGCGAGGAAACACAACUAAAGGAAAAACAACGUGAGAAGAAUGAUGUCAGCCACCUGGUGAACACUGCCAACCAGCAGAGUGAGGGGAAAAAAAAAACGGAAAAAAUGAAAUGGAGCAUAACAGGCGAAAGAAAAAUAGAUAAACUAGUAGACAUCAUGAAAGGGGAAGAGAAAAGCAUAAAUAUGAAAAUAAAAAUUGAAAACACAAAGAAGAAAAUAGCAGCAAGCAGUAACAUUAACAAUGCAAAUGGUCCCAAUGGAAAGAAAUGUGGAUGGAAUGUCUCACACAAUGAUAAUAUAAAAAAUUCUGAUAAUGUAAACUUUCCUGAUUUAACCACAGGAGUAGGAGGAAAACAGAGUAAGGUCAAAACUACAACAAAAGCGCUUACUCCAAAUAAGACCAUUACCACUAACAAUGAUAAAACAAAGAACAUGACUACUGCCAAUGGUGGUGCUGUUUGUAGUGGUAGUGGUAAUUAUACCAAUUCUUUAAUAACUAUAGAAAACAAUGACAUCAGAAGUAGCAAAGGAAAGAAAAAUACAAAUAUAAUAAACAAUCAAAACCCAAGUGAAAAAAAAAAAUGGAAGAGCGAAGGUAUCGAUAUUAAUACCAAUGAGGAGGAUAAAAAGUUUCCACCUCUCUUAAAUUCUGCUUCUGUCAAAGUUGAAAAUAUCAAGAAGAAAAUGAACACCUCUGCCCAGCGGGAACUAACAGACCUGAAGCAACUGUCGAGUUCUUGCAAAAUUCCCUUGGACGACUCUGUGCUAAAUUUUCUGAAAAACUUCAAGAAAGCGGAAGAAAUCUACGCCUUCCUUCAACACAGCGUUGAAGACAAAAAUAAGUUGAACCAAUUUGCCAAAGAAUUUAUAAAAAUAAACAACAAAAAUGAUGAAAAUAGUAAAACUCCAAAGAAGAAAAAAAAGCAGUUAUCUGUGGAGAAAAUAAUACCUAAUUAA